GCCCCUAGCUUGCCAGUGGGCGUGUCCCACGCCCUUCCGGGCGGUGCGGGGUGACCGAGGGCGGUGAUCCAGUGUGGUGAGGGCGGUGGGUCCUCGCCAUGCCCCGGUAUUAUGAGGACAAGCCGGAGGGCGGCGCGUGUGCGGGCGUGAAGGAGGAUCUGGGUGCAUGUCUGCUGCAGUCUGCCUGUGUGCUCCAGGAAGGAAAAUCCCCGCGGCAGUGUUUGAAGGAAGGCAAUUGUAGAGCUUUGCAGUAUUCCUUUUUUGAAUGUAAAAGAUCAAUGCUGGAUGCCAGAUCAAGAUUCAGAGGGAGAAAAGGAUAUUGAUAACAUGCUGAACGCAAGAUGAAAGUCACCCAGGAUUUUCUGUGGUCCUUAACAGAAAAGAACCAAAUGGGAAGCACAGCAGCUGCCGCAUCUCUUCCACCUCUGGGCCAGGUGUUCCUCCCAAGGACACCAGAGAAAAUGGAUCAGUACUGUUUCUGAAUGAGUCUGUUGGCUGAAGUCAUUUAUAGAAGAUCNAUGGGACUAAACAACUAUGGGCUAAGAAUGUGUUUUGGGAAUUGCCUAAUGGAGAGAUUAUGUUCAAGGAUGACUCUUCGAUCAGA